UAAUCUAAAAGUUUAAUAAUUGAUUGUUGUAACGAACAGAAGUCUUCAUGAGGAAAAACUUUGAGUUUGAGCUCAAAGUUCCGCUGCGGUUCUGGUUCCGUCUCGCUGCUGUUUGGACCUUCAGCAGGAGCGGCAGAAAACCCGUGAAACAUCCCGUUUCCGGCAGGCCGUGAAGGCAGCACCGGACCAACCGGGGGCUCCGCCUCCUCCAAUCAGAGCGCAGCCUCGCUCGGCCUCGGCCAAUGGGAGGCGAGUGCGUGCAGGUGGCUGCCUUGGUUAUCAGCGGCUCCAGCGUCGAACCCGGUCCAUUCUUAAUGGUUCCGAUGAAAGUGAGUGAAGAACCGGACCAGAACCAGGACUCUGSCCGCCUGUCGUGCCCUGCAGCCCGGACACGGUUCGGUGUUUUUCUCGGUGUUUCACCUCCAGGAGGAGAAGUUUCCAGAGUUUUCUCCUCUUUCAGGAUUUUAGUUUCUUUUAUUAAAAAGUGUUUUUUUUUUUUAAUCAUCUCUUCAUGUUUCGGUUCUGAGGAGGUUCGGCUCCGGGUCACCCAUGUUAGCGGUCGGGCCGAUGGAGACGAACCGGCAGAGCGCGUUCGUUCUGGGCAGCACGCCGCUGGCCGCGCUGCACAACAUGACCGAGAUGAAGACGUCUCUGUUCCCCUACGCGCUGCAGCAGAGCCCGGGGGCCGGCUUCAAGGCGCCCCCGCUGGCCGGCCUGGGCGCGCAGCUGGCCGGGGGCACCCCGCACGGGAUCAGCGACAUCCUGGGGAGACCCCUGACCGCCGCGGGCCAGCUGCUGUCCGGCUUCCCCCGGAUCAACGGCCUGGCCACCGCGGCGGGGAUGUACUUCAGCCCGGCCGUGUCCCGGUACCCGAAGCCGCUGGCCGAGCUGCCGGGCCGGGCGCCCAUCUUCUGGCCCGGAGUGAUGCAGGGUUCCCCGUGGAGGGACCCGAGGCUCCCCUGCCAGGUUCAGGGUGGGGUCAUGGUGGACAAAGACGGGAAGAAGAARCACUCCCGGCCCACCUUCUCCGGUCAGCAGAUCUUCGCUCUGGAGAAAACCUUUGAGCAGACCAAGUACCUGGCAGGUCCAGAGAGGGCCCGGCUGGCCUACUCCUUAGGGAUGACCGAGAGCCAGGUCAAGGUCUGGUUCCAGAACCGGAGGACCAAGUGGAGGAAGAGGCACGCAGCAGAGAUGGCCUCGGCCAAGAAGAAGCACGACUCGGAGACGGAGAAGAUGAAGGAAAGUUCUGACAACGAGGACGACGACGACUACAACAAACCUCUGGACCCGAACUCCGACGACGAGAAGAUCACGAGACUCUUAAAGAAGCACAAGACCGGGUCCAACCUGGGCCUGAUCAGUCCCUGCAGCAACAGCUCCGACACCUUGUGAUGUCCACCGGUUCUGGACGGGUCAGUUUGGACUCCUGACCCGGUCUGACCGAGGAAUGUCUUUUUUUUUUUUUCUGGCUCAGAUUGAGCAGAACUGAGACAAACCCAAGUCCUCAGGCUGGACCCGGACCUGGUACGUGUCCCGUCAGAACCGGACCUCCACAGAACUGAUGAGGGGUUCUGUUCGAAGGACCACGAGGACAGAAGUUCUUUUUGCUGUGAGACUUUGAACAGAACCGGCUGUGAAUGAACUCAGAAGAGUCCGGAUCAGUGGGUCUGACCCGUAUUUAUUCCACAGACAAGAAGCAAUUCUGGACCUACAGAACCUCUACGGAACCUCUACGGAACCUCUACAGAACCUCCACAGAACCAUCUGACGCUGAGGUUCUGAUUUAAAUCCACGAGAAUUAGUUUCAGUAAAAAGCAGGUUUGUGGUUCUGGUUCUGGUUCUGAGUGGAUCCUCAGGCGGGUUUUGGACCAGGUUCUUUUUGUAAAGUCAAAGUGUAAAAAGUUGUAAAUAUUCAGCUGACAGGAAACAGAACCGGGUCGUUUGGACUUUAUUUUGCUUUGAUUCGUCAGAAAAUAAAGGUUUCUGUUGAUCUGAAGAAAUUAUUGGAA